AUGGAUCGAAGUUGGAUGUAUGAUAGAGUAAACUCUGAUAGGUAUGGUUUGAAAGAUGAAUUUGUUAGUGGAGUUGAAGAUUUUGUCAAUAAAGCCAUGAAUCGACAAGAGUUUUUAAACGAGGGGGGGAUAAGGUGUCCUUGUGUAAAAUGCGGCUGCAUUCUCUUGAAAACGCCUAAUGAGGUCAAACAUCACCUAUACAAAUAUGGUUUUUUGCCCAACUAUUAUACAUGGAUUGAUCAUGGAGAAGAGAAUCAAAGCGUGGACAUUAAUGGUCAUUCUAGUAGUGGCGGGAAUGCUGGUCGAGAUAAUACAGGUGAUGAAGAACAAUUUGAUGUAAUGAAUGAAAUGGUCUCUGAUGUUUUCAGGCCAUUUGUUAAUGCCCCAAAUGUGAAUGCUGAUAUGGAAAACGAAACGGUUAGUGAGGGUGAGGUACCAAAUGAAAAAGCUCAGCGAUUUUAUGAUGAAUUGAUCUCUGCAAACCAACUGAUUUAUGAGGGAGCUUCUGAAUCUAGACUAUCUAUUUCAGUUAAGCUGUUGGCGGCCAUGUCUAAUUGGCAUGUUCCUCAAAAGGCCAUGGAUUUUUUCUCCCAAAUGCUAAUCGAUGUUUGUCCAACUAAAGGCUGCUUACCUGAAAAAUAUUACCAAGUGAAGAAGUUGGUGUCUAAGUUAGGAUUAGAGGUUGAGAAAAUUGAUUGUUGUGUGAAUGGAUGCUUAUUAUAUUUUAAAGAAGAUAGCACUUUAACUCAAUGUAGAGUUUGUGGAGCUGCUAGGUAUGUUCCUCGAAAGUGUGGAAUGGGAAAAUAUAAAGAUGUGGCAGUGAAGAGAAUGUUCUAUUUUCCAAUCAUUCCAAGGUUACAACGACUUUUUGCUUCUAAGGAAUCUGCAGCUCAAAUGAGAUGGCAUCGUGAGAACCCCAGCGAUUCAAAUAUUUUACGUCACCCAUCUGAUGGAAAAGCAUGGAAACACUUCGAUGAAGUUUAUCCCGAUUAUGCUAGUGACCCAAGAAAUGUAAGAUUGGGUUUAUGUACUGAUGGGUUUACCCCUUACAUUCAAGCCUCUAGUACUCCAUAUUCAUGUUGGCCGAUAAUAGUCACACCUUACAAUCUCCCUCCCAAAAUGUGCAUGACCAAACCAUACUUGUUUUUGACUUGUCUUGUACCUGGACCGUACAAUCCAAAAGCUAAAAUAGAUGUCUACUUGCAACCUUUGAUUGAUGAUUUGCAGCGCCUGUGGAGAGAUGGCAUUGUGACAUAUGAUAUCUCUAUGCAACAAAAUUUUGUAAUGAGAGCGCAUUUAAUGUGGACAAUCAAUGACUUUCCAGCAUAUGGUAUGUUGUCUGGAUGGGGGACACAAGGUAGAUUAGCAUGCCCUUAUUGCAUGGGAAGUACAGAUGCUUUCACCUUAAGAUAUGGUGGAAAAAGUUGUUGGUUUGAUUGUCAUCGUAGGUUUUUACCAAUGGAUCAUCCGUUUAGAAAAAACAGUGAUUGGGCCACCAAAUUUCCAGGGUAUGGGAAACAACAUAAUUGGAUCAAAAGAAGUAUAUUUUGGGAUCUUCCAUAUUGGAAGGACAACUUGUUAAGGCAUAACCUUGAUGUGAUGCACAUAGAGAAAAAUGUAUUUGAUAAUGUGUUUUACACUGUCAUGAAUGAUCCUGCAAAAACAAAGGACAAUGAGAAAGCAAGAUUGGAUUUACCUCUUAACUGUUUACGUGGGGAUUUAGAGAUGGUUACUCUACCUAAUGGAAAGAUGGCUAAGCCAAAGGCAAAAUUUUCUUUGACAUCGGAAGAGGCAAAGUUAGUAUGCAGAUGGAUUAAGGAACUAAAAAUGCCUGAUGGUUAUGCCUCAAAUCUUUCUAGGUGUGCUGAUGUCACUAAGGGUUGGAUGAAGGGGAUGAAAAGCCAUGACUGUCAUGUAUUCAUGGAGUGUUUGCUUCCAAUUGCUUUUCGUUCCUUGCCUCCUGAGAUAUGGAAACCGCUAACUGAGUUAAGUUGUUUUUUCAAAGACUUGUGUUGUAAUACGUUGAAGUUGGAAGACCUUGUUAGGUUGGAACAAAACAUUACCAUCAUCAUAUGCAAGCUUGAAAGAAUUUUUCCUCCAGGUUUCUUUGACUCAAUGGAACAUCUUCCAAUUCACCUACCUAAUGAAGCAAUCCUUGGUGGUCCUGUACAAUAUCGUUGGAUGUAUCCCUUUGAAAGAUUGAUGGGAGACUUCAAGCGUUCAGUGAAAAAUAAAGCCAGAGUUGAAGGUUCAAUAUGCACUGCCUACUUGCAUCGUGAAACUACUCAUUUUUUCUCUCACUAUUUCAAGACCUUUAGUUUGUUUCCAAGUACAAGUUUAAGGAAUGAUCCUCGACCAGAUCAUGAGAAUUCCCAACAAACACUUUCAAUUUUUAGCAAAUGUGGCCAUCCUAGUGGAAAAUCUCGUGACUAUUGGGUGAUUGAUAAGGAAUGGAAGUCUGCUCAUGUGCAUGUCCUAAUCAAUUGUGACGAGGUUAAACCGUAUCUUGAGUAA